UCGGAUACUGGGCUGAGAACACCAUCAGCAAAUCAUUGAUUCAGAAAGGAUGCUGAGACCGCUCUUCACGAAUCCCACUUUGAAAUGCUCCGCUCUUCCUCCUCCUCUUCGAUUCAACCAACAGAGAGAGCUGCAUAGUAGGAACAAGAAGGCCAUGGAACUCAUAGCCAAAGGGUGGAGUGCUCUCAAGGAAGUUGAUAGAGUCAUCGAUUACAGCGAUCUCAAAGAUCAUCGUCUCAUCCCUCUCCUUAGGGCUGCCAAGGAGAACUUUGAGCUGGCUCUAGAGGCUGACAACUCAAAUACUCAUGCCAGGUAUUGGCUGUCCAAAUUGCAUUUGAAAUACCAUGUCCCAGGGGCAUGCAAAGCUAUAGGGGCUGCUUUGUUAGUUGAAGCUGCAGAUAUGGGUGAUCCAGAUGCACAGUACGAAUUGGGUUGUCGUCUGAGAGUUGAGAACAAUCAUGUCCAAUCCGAUCAACAAGCAUUCUAUUAUUUGGAAAAGGCGGUUGACCAGUUGCAUCCAGGUGCUCUUUACCUUCUUGGUGCUGUAUAUUUAACAGGGGACUGUGUGAGAAAAGACAUUGCCUCAGCAUUAUGGUGUUUUCAUCGGGCAUCAGAGAAGGGACAUUCUGGUGCUGCCAUAGCAUAUGGAUCCCUUUUACUUAGAGGUGUUCAAGUCCCUGAAUCUCUUAUGAAAUUCGGUUUGAGGAGGAGUUCCUAUGCCAAAGCAAGGAAGAGCGCAGAGAGCCCUGUGAUGGAUCCUGUAGAGAUGGCCAGAGAACAAUUCCAGAUUGCAGCAACAGCUGGAUGUGAUCUUGGCCUAAAAUGGUUGAAUAGACUUGAGGAGGAAGAGAAACGUCUACUUGCCGGAUGAUAUAUUGAACUGGACAUUGCUCGGAUAUUUCUCUGACGUAGCUAAACUAAUAGUGAGUUAAAGAUAUCUGCUGAAAUUGAGUACCAUGUUCAGGUGAGCUUCCGCGGGGAUGCGGGGGGGGGGGGGGGGCUUUCAGCAUAAGCUUCAUCAAUUUCUUACUAGAAAAGGAAAAAAGAAAGGAAGGAAAAGACAGCUUCACUAUACACCCUGUUUGAUCAUUUAUCCCAUGAGCUUUUUUUUUUUUUUUUUUUUUUUUAUUACUUUGUUAAGAUGAAUAAGAUGCUGCCAUGGAAAUAUGAUAGGAAGACAUUGCUUUUAGUGUAAUCUCGUCUUGAAAGAAGAAAGGCAUUGCUUUUA